AUGUCCGUGGAACUGGAGCCAGUGGAGCUCGGCUUCAAGCGGCCCUUCUCCCAUGAGGUAUCGCAAGUUCUGCGCCUUAAGAACCCAAACAGCGACCCAGUGGCUUUCAAGGUCAAAACAACCGCGCCCAAACAAUAUUGCGUCAGACCAAACUCCGGCCGAAUCGAGCCUGGCGGGGAUGUUGAAGUGCAGGUCCUUCUACAAGCGAUGAAAGAGGACCCACCAAUGGACGCGCGCUGCCGUGACAAGUUCCUCGUCCAGUCAGUUGCGGUGACUGCAGACAAGGAUUUCAGCAAUGUCGCGUCAAUUUGGGCAUACUAUGAGAAAGACGCAAAACAACAGAUCCAAGAAAAGAAGAUCCGCGUCGUAUUCCUGCCACCUGAUGGCGCAAACGUAGCAACGCCAGCAUCGAGGAGCGUCAACGGCAUGAGCAUGCACGACGCAGCCUCCUCACACCGAUCUCCUAGCCCUGAAACCUUCACACCGCAACGCGGCAGCUCCGAGGCGCCUGUCGGGCCGGUCUCCGCUCACAACCCAGCAAGUUCGGGCCAGUCGUACAUCUCCGCAGCUGCGUCGAAUGUGACCAGUGCUAUCCCCACUUCUGGUGAAGACCUGAAGCAACAGCUCGAGCAGGCCAAAGCAGAGAUUGCUAGAUUGACGCAGAGCGCACAGGAGUCGGUUCUGAGACAGAGGAAGAGCGACGCGAUCAACCAGGACACCAAGGAGCGGAUCACCACCGGCAGCACGGGCAUGGGGACACAGCAGGUGGCUGCGAGCGGUGUCCCGGUGCAGGUUGUGGCAGGCCUCUGCUUGCUGUGCUUCCUACUGGCAUAUUUCCUGUUCUGA